AUGAGUAGAAUCGAGACAGCUGCCCUUGAAACGUAUUCGGCCUGUGAUGUCGCUGAUGCGCUGGUGAAGAAUGGGCUCGCAGAUGGUGGGUUUAUUCCCCAUCUCGUGCAGCAGUCGCCGGAGAGACCCCCCGAGACCGCAGUGACCGGCCCCGCUUAUACAGUUCUGUAUGCUCCGAUUGACGACCCGCGACCAGCAGUGGCCUCUCAUUAUAUAGAUUCGGCUCCAGAGGGGUCUGUAGUGGUUCUGGCGACCACUCCCGACACUCAGCUGUCAACCGCUCCGUAUACAACCAUCAACAAUGCCCUGUAUGGCGGGCUCAUGUCGACUCGAGCCAAGUUCCUCGGUUGUAAAGGAAGCGUUGUUUUGGGCAAAAUAAGAGAUAUCUCUGAACACCGCAGCCUGAAUUAUCCUGUAUAUUCAUACGGACUAGGAAUUGCUGCUCCCAAUAAAGUGGCCAAAGUUGUAGGAGUCAACGUCCCAUUAACGGUGCCCUCUUCCGACCUCACGAUCCAUCCGGGCGACCAGAUCGUAGGAGACGAGAAUGGCGUGGCCGUCAUCCCGCAGCGUCUCCUCCAGAACGUCAUCCAAGACAUCCCGCCCCGAGUAAAAGCCGACCAACUGGCGGCCGAAGACAUCAAAAGCGGGGUCCCAGCGGCCGAGGCGCAAAAAACGAGACGAAAGAACCUCUGA